AUGUGGCGAAUGUCAUGGGUCUCACAAUAUCCACAAAAAUCUGGUGGUGGGGAUUUAAGAGAUGUAAUUUAUCUAAUUGAUCAAAUUUGUAGGAAGCAACAACAUCAGCAACAACAAUUGGAGAGAGGAGAGUAUUCCACAUGCUCAAGUCCGUCUGGGCUUGAUUCCAGGGAGCCAUUUGAUUUCCAUCUCGGAGCAAGAAUGUUGUACAACAAUACUCAAGAGAUGCUGUUGAGAAGGAAAUUGGAAGAGCAGGCUGAUUUGCAGCAAGCCAUCGAGCUUCAAGGAAGAAGGUUAAUAAAUUUGCAGCUGCUGGACUUCAAGAAUCAUAAUCAUCCUCAGUACCAUCAUGGUCUGUCCACUGGCUACCCUAUUCCUUCACCGACUGUAUCUCAUACUCUCAACACUCAAGCACUCAUUUUUCCAGCUGAUAGCAUUGAUCAAGAAGUCCCAGAAGAGAAUGGCGGUAGCCCAGUCGCAGUUAUUUCCAAAUUGACUACUGCAAAUGCCGAUAAACAGCUGGAGGAAGUGAAUCCAGGUUGUAAUCACAUGGAUGAGAAUGAUACGAGUAAUAGUAAGGAGGAGAAGGCCAACACUGAAGAAACUGAUCUCCCUGAAAGCUUGGAGCACAUUCUCCCUGAUAACCUGUUCGCUUCUCCUAAGAAAUCAGCUGGUGAUCACCUCACUGUCUUCUCUGCCAAUUCCGUAGAGGCUGACAACAAAACCACAAGUCCAACUACAUCUUGCUCUAACAGUAACCCUUCACUGGCCAACACCUCCAGCCUCAAUAUGGCUUCUCUUAAAUCUUGUUUUCUACAAAUGCCCAGGUUUUCCUCUGGGCAUGAAACCAUUGGCAUGUAGUUGGCAAAGGUGAGCAUGGCCAGCAAAGGGGGAAAUUGACUUUCCCAGGAAACAUUGGGGAGCAUAUUAUACAAGGAAGAUUAUAAAAAAAAAAUCCUCUAGCUGUAUAGCCAAAACAAUACCCACAACAAAGAAAAAGAUCUGUAGACAAGAUCUCAGCAAGAUCAGCAUCAUCAUCAAUACAUACUACUUACAAUGAAUACAUAAUGUAUAGGCAAAGGACAGAGGAACUGAUUUAUGGGAGUGGGGUCUUUCUGUUUCCCUACUGUGACCCUUCCUGUAGGUGAGUGUACUGGACCACACAGUAAUAGUGGAAGAAACAAAAGCUAGUAACUCUUUAAUGAUAUUGUAAUUUUACUACUUCCCUUCUGUUUUUCUUUUCUACUCUUUUUACCCUCCUUUUUCCAAGUGAGGUGAAAAAAGGAACUACAAAUAAAUGAAAUCUGUAUGAAGGAUAUAGUUCCAUGU